AUGACGGAACCUGGUGAAGAUGCCAGCCAGGUUUACAUAUGGACCAUAGCUUGCAUCUUGUUCGUCUGCGUCUUUGUCGGCGGUGGCUGCUUUUUGGCUUACGUCACCGUCGACGAGUACCAAUCGUCGAGCUUGCUCCCCGUGCUCGGGUUCGUAUUCGUUUGCACGCCAUGGAUAUUCUGGAUCCUGACCGUAAUGUACCGGUUGUUGUCGAGGGCGUUCGGAUUCAGGAUGAUGUUGCGCAGCUUGUACGUUAACAACACCGCCAAAGUCUCCGGAAACAAUGGCAGCGGUGGCGAUGAACGUAAAGGCGCUGAUGAUGUCGUUGUUGAUGUGGAUGAGAAAUCUAAUGAGAAUGAUGGUAAAACUAAAGAUGUAUAUGAUGCUUCACCGUGA